UGGGUUUGUUAAAGAUGUCUGGGUUGAACAGAGAGACAGAAAAUGGACAGAAGAUGAGAGAAAGAAAAUGGAGAAAUCUGUUCUACUGACUGAUGAGUUUAAACUCAUUGGUCCCAGUAAUAGAGAGCGGUAUAAUCGCUCUGCUGUCACUCUCUCAUGUCAUCUGUCUCCUGAAAUCAGUGCUGUUGACUUGGAGAUCCGGUGGUUUAAGGAGACAGACUGUGUUUGUGUUCAUAAGAACAGUAAGGUGACAGAGGGGAGAGGUUAUGAGGGCAGAGUGAGUCUGUUCACUCAGGAGCUGGAGAGAGGAAACGUCUCCUUACAGCUGAGAAACUGUACAGAGUCAGAUGAUGGAUAUUACCUCUGUCAGGUCACUGAUGGAGACAGAACAGAAGAGAUUACAGUAUUUAUGAGUAAGUGUUCCUGAUCUCCACACUGUAUAAACUCCAC